CUCACAUUCGUGCGCCAGUAACUCGACUCCACUCCGACACGACACUGCUGGCGCGAAUAUUCGUAUAGUCUUGAAACGCCCGCGCGCGAGAUACGCACACGGGAUUCUUCUUUUUUUUACAUAAUAAUAUAAUUUUUCCCCUAAUUGACGCGCGCGCGGCAAGGGGCGGAAGAAUCGAAAAAGGGGGCAAGGAAAAUUGCUCCGCUGGGCAAGUGUGAACAUUAGCGAAAGUUCGAUUUAGAAGGGCUUAAAAGUGUUUUUGAACCGAUCGAAAAGUGCAAAUUCUGAAAGGUGCAAUCUGCGAAAGAAAACGGAAGAACCUCACUCCAGAAAAGUCAAAUGUUGUAGACCGCGAAGAAUCAGCACUGUCGUGAAACAAAUCAAGAAAGCUAACCUCCAGGACCAGCAGCACUAGUCCUAUCAAUUUUACUUAUCAGAAAAAUGGCCGACCAAAACGACAAAAAGACCGUAAAAAUGCAGGAAAUGUACAUCUCACCAGGAAUCUCCCGCGAGCGAAGCUUCAUCAGGACUUCGAACCAGCAGGUAAUGGACAUGAAUGUCAACAAACGACGCAGCCUGGCCUUUAGCCAGAGCCAGGCGAUGCAGCAUGCCCAGCAGCAGCAGCAACAGUUGCGGGGUAAGCCACCGAUGGAAAUCUAUCGUCCACCAAAUGUGAGGCUCGACGGACUUCCCAACAAGCUGAACGUGCACGCCCAAGAGUUCCAGAUGAACCACCUGAACGAAGGCCGGAUACCGCUGCAGAGUUCCAGAUCACUGAACAUCUACAGCAGCUCGCUGCAGCACUCAAAGUCGAACGUCGGCGGUAUACCGUUGAAUCUCCACCACGCCCGGGCCGGCCACGGCCAGAUGCAGCUGGGCAACAUCGGCAGUCCCCAGCGGGGACCGAUCAUGAUGUCCAACCAUCCGAUGCAACACGUCGGCGUCCAGCUGCAGUCCUCGCACAUGCCACUGGUCAACUCACCGUCCAGCGGGAACAUCCUGCACGUGAGUUCUGGACCACGGGUCAAGUUCGCUCCGGAGCCUAUGAUCCACGCAACAACACAUGCUUCCAACAACAACAGCAGCUUCCAAGCACAGAACAGCAACACAAACAACAACCCACAGUCAUCGAUCAGCAACAACAACACCACCACCAACAUCAUCAACGCCAAUAACAAUCCCAUGAAUGUUGCACCUUUACAGCGCUCAAAGUCUCUCUCGUCGGCGGACACGCUGACGCGUGGCCUGGCCGGGCUGGGACUGGCCGUCGGACCGGAAGGGAACGACAUUGGCCAGUUCCCGCCGGAGAUUCAGCUGAUCGUACACCGCGCCGUCGACGAUCCGAACACGCUGAACGCGCGCUGCCUGAUGGAGCUGGCCACGCACCUGAUGCACCGCGCCGUUGAUGGACGGAGAUACGCCCUUCCCAUCUCUAGACUUUGCAUUUCAAUUAUCGCGAAGGAAAAGAAGGAAACCUUCUUGGAAGCCUUGCUGAACACGUGCCGCCAGUGGUAUCAAGAACGCGACAAAGUCUUGGGCCCACUCAUGAACAUCAAGAACCCGGCCCGGCCACGCUUCACCGCCUUCAUGGCCUUCCUCACGGAGAUGUUCUGCCAGCUGAAGCGCCGCCAGCUGCAGCUCCGCACCGAGUGUGACGGCGUCCCGCCGCCGAUGGUGCUGCUGACCGUGCUGGGCAAGUGCUGCGAGGACUGCGUCAAACCACCCGUUCGGUCCCUGUCGGAGAUCGAAUGCCUCUUCUUCGUGCUGACCUGCAUCGGUCGCGACCUGGAGAUGCACCUUCCGCAGCAGCUGGAAACCCUGCUGGCCGAGGUUCGUGACGCGUUCCUCAACUCUUCAGCGUCGGCCCCAGCGAUCCGGCGUACGCUGCUUCAGCUGAUUGAGCUGCAGGCUUCCAGGUGGCAACUGCCGGGGAAUACCGUGCUGUACUACUACCCCUCGUCCAAGUAGGACGGCCGCAUUGAUGGACUCUAGCUGGUCUGGUUUGGUUUGGUCCUGUGUCACCACGUGUCUGCGAAAGAAAAAAGAAGAAGAAGGCCCCCUUCUCACUCUGCAGUGUUGGAGGACGACGGAGAACGAAUUUUGUCUCGAAUUGUAGAAAACGAACCCCAUUUUUAAAUCGAAAAAAAAAAAGAAAAGAUUGAACGAAACUUACUCACACUGGAAGAGUAGUGGUUAUAAACUUAUACGACACGAUCAGACUACAUUCCAUCAGAAAACAUACAACUAACAAUUGAAGGCAAAGGAACUUUUUGAAACUGAAGAGUUUGUUUUAUUUCUUUUUUUUUAUUUUGUUUAUUUCCCACAGAAUGCAACAAAUGUUAAAAUAUUUAUCGCCAUUUACUGUUGAUAUUUAAUAGUCAUACGAAAAAUUAUUCACUCAACUAAUGAAGAGAAACGAAAUUUCACCAAGCUGAAACGAAACGAUUUUAAACUUUUAGAGAUUUAUCAUACAACUGUUUUAUCAAAUGAUGCAUGUUAAAUGAAAAAUACUGUUAGGAAAGAAACGAAAUGUAAUAAACUAGUCAUUUUUAC